AUGUUACAUGACGCCCUGAUACACGGCCGAUUGGCACGUGCCGAACAAAAUUCCAAAAUGGAGGUUCUCCCUGCAGAGCUUCAUCCACAUGUUGAUGCCAUUGAUAUUGAAGAAGGUUCCUGAUCAGCAAUUUUCUUAUAUCAAAUUUAUUAAACUGUAGUUUUUUCAGUUCUAAUUCAUCCCAUUUUUCUCACAGACGGUACAUUAGCCGUAGCAUCCUCAGCAUUAACCGGCCGAACAUGGAACGGAUCUUUGUGGUUGUUUAAAGAUCGUGCUAAAGCACCGGAUGUCCAUUACUGCAGUGCUGGAUGUGCUACAGAAUCAGGGACGACAGACAUUAAGUGGAUCGACUCUAGAAGACUUGUCCUUGGAUCUGAUACAGGCACUGUGGACAUCUGGUGUCUGAGUGGAAGCUUUCAAAGUUUAGAAAAUAUGGCGUCGUUGUCAGAUCAUGACAAUACAGUUUCUUCCGUCAGUGUAGAUUGUGUAAAGAGUAAAAUUGUCAGCGGUAGCUGGGAUCGAAGGUAAGCACUGAAGUUUUUAUGUUAAGUCUUUGUCCUCGACCUCGUGGACUUCCUCUGAGACGACAUAGAGGAAUAUUUUAAACUGAACUGGUCGCUGCCAGGAUUAUUUCUUAUGCUGUAAGCCCACAUGUAAUUUGCGAUAAUCAGAGAAAAAAACCCGCUCUUAUUUUAUUGUUGAAUAUGUUGAGACCCUAAUAUUCAUUUUUGCAACACGUUAAUGAGAUAUUUUCUAUGUACUGAUUUUGGCAAGAUUUCCACACAGCUCCAUAUUAUGCAUUUGGUUCUUGGAUGAAGAAAACAGUGGCGAAAACAGUAGAUUGCCCUUGGCACUACGGCUUUGUUUUAGAAUAGUAUGGUGUUACACGAAAAUAUUUCCAUUAGAUUUAACCCUUAAACUCUCAUGACCUAAUUGACAAAUCUCCUCUAACUUACCAGUUGAAAUUUGUGAAAAGGCAAGUAGUUACUUGUCAUCAACUCUGGGAGUUUAAGAUACACUCCAUAAAUUCUAUUGGAGCAAACAUUUUUGUGUUCACACACAUGAAUUCAUAGCUGUAUGUUUACUCUUCUCUUCCCUGUCAGCAUCAAAGUGUGGGAUUUAGAGCAGGAAAAAUGUAUAAAGUCUUACAAAGGUAUGUUUUAAAUUGUACUGUUCUUUUUUUUUCUCAUUUAGGAAAUAACUUCUAAGGAAUUAUUUGCUUGACAAAAAUAAAUGUUUGUUAAUUUUAGGUCACAGGGACAUGGUGUGGAGUGUUGUGUACAGUAGAACUGAGCAGGAUGUUUUUGUUUCAGCCUCACAGGUUUGUGUAAAGUAUGAAUGCUAUAUUUUAAACCUUUGACUUCCAUAAAUGAUUAACAUAUAAGUUCUCCCUAUAAUAUCCAUACUUUAUCUAGCAAACAGAUUGUGAGAAUCUUUAUCUUAAUCUCACACCAAUUUCUUAUGACUAAUUUACAUUGACAUGUGUAGCAGUUGGAAGGGAGAAUUAACAAUCAGAUCUUGGGAGUUAAAGGGGUGAAGUAGGUGAGCACUUAGUCUCCUCCCAAGCUACUCUACAGACACUCUACUGGAUUAACUUCACACAAAAACACCAUCAUGAUAUUGAUGUUGGUCAGCAGUUGUAGUAUUGGUUUCAGGUACUUGGAUAGUUGGUAUUUAGGGGACUCACAGAAAGAAACGAUAGGUUGCAUUAGGAAACCAGGUUUGUGUAGUUUUGACAGAUUGUAAAGUUUCAGUGGCUGUGGUACUGAGCACCUUCAUCAGUAGUAGGGUUGAGUGUCAAUAACCUUCAUCUUCUUGAGUGUAAGUAGUUUGCUGCUGAGUUCACGUCAAAAUGAGGGAGUCAGGUCAUGUUUGAGUUCUUCAUAGGUUUGUUUGUCAUGAAUCAGUGCAUCCAUUUUGUGGUGAUAGUCAGUUUUGUCCAUGACAACAGUACUCAUCCUUUGUGGGCUGGUAGAAUAACUAUGUACUCAUGUGAAACACAAAUUGGUAGAAUGCAAACCAGUUGGCUAUUUUGAAGCCAACUGCAAACCUAAAUUCUGCACUAGAUGUACCUUCUAUUAGUCCUGCCCAGGUUAGUGCAUAAGUCAAGCCUUGGACAUUGCAACAACAGCAGAAAAUAUACACUAACACUAGUCCUCAUUCUAUCUUUACUUUGGUAACUCACACUGUGUAGGGUAGAUGAUAGUAAUAUUGCAUUUUUCUGGUUUGAUUUUAGGAUGGGAGAGUUAUCCUAUGGGACACCAGAACACCAAACUGUGUGUCCAGGUUGUCAGGUAUAUAUUUGUUACAGCGUUGUACAACAUAAUUUUCGUCAUAUAAUCUGUCUGAAGAGGACCUUUUUUAACCCUUUAACUCCCAGAUCAAAUUUGUAAUUCUCCUUACUGUCAACCAUACAAUUCUUAUACUGUUAGUUCAGAGAAUUAAGUAUUGGGUCAAGUAAUUAUCCUCAAAUUGAUAUUUUUUGUUAUUCUCAUCACUUAUCUGGUGGAUAUUGUAUUGAUAUUGUAAGGAGAAAUUCUAUAUUGGUCACGCAUGGGACCUAAAGGGUUAAUAAAGUUAUCUGAUUAGAUUAUUGGUCAAAAAGAAUAGAAACACUUACUUUUUUUUCAAUUCUGUGUCCCUUUUAGUAUUUUCAAAAUAAAAUGAUAAUAGCAGCUUUGUAUCUAAUAACAUGAGUGUCUACAGAGACGUAAAAAUAUGGAGCCAGAAAUUAUAAACAAUAUGAUAAAACCAUUAAAAACCCUAAAAGAUUUCCUUUACUUACGAAUAUUCGUAAUGAAAGUAGAGAUCUAGAUGUGCAGCUGGACUUGAUUUUGUUUAAAAAGUGAAAAUUAGAAUAGGAAAACUACCAGGCCUAAUUUACUCCUUUUUUUUUUUAUUUCCUGUACACUUCUUUUUAUCAGGAGCUUUGUACAUGCAUUCUGUACCUCUAUAUGUCACAUGGCUCUUUUAAAUGAACCCCUUUAGAGUGACUAGCAUCUAAUUUCUCCUUACAAUAUCACCCCUAAACCACAAGUUAAGGUCAUGAGAAUGAAGAAAAUGAUCACCAACUAUCCUGAUUGUCAAUCAAAAUUCUCCUCGUAAGCAGCUUAAGAAAUUUAGAGGGAAUAAGCAUACUAUUGUUGGGGUGUAAAGGGUUAUGGUCGAACCAUCUAGAGGUAAUCAUUUGCCAUGUAUUACCAUCUGUUUUACAGUAAUUAUACAUCAUUUAGCUACAAUAGUUCAGAAAGGGUGUGACGUCUCUCAAAAUACAUAUUCUACUGUUCUUAGAUUCCUCUCAGUAUAACAGCAUUCCACGUUGUGCAGACUGGAGUCCAUUAGACCAUCACUUACUUGCUCUUGGUUAGUGGAGUUAUGCUUAUUUCUAGAAUAGCAAAAACAAUAUGUGGCAGUAGCCGUUUGACUGUAAAUUUAUAUCUUUUGACACUGCUUUUGAUUACCACAAUUUUCUGAGAUAAUCAACAACCCUGUGAAGAGCAAUCUUCCAGACCAUAUUUGUACAACCUCCAAGCAUGGAAGGAUCCUUAGAGGCCAUCAGUUUGAACAGGAUAUUUAAGCAACAAGUUGAAAUAGUUCCUAUCAUAGUGUAACAGAUUUGUGUUUGUUUCUUUUUCAUGUAUUGAUUGAUAUGUUUUGAACUCCUUUAGGUUAUGAAGAUGGUAGCGUGUGCCUCUGUAACAUCCAAAACCCUAAACAACCAGUCCUAACUUUUUGCCCUCACGAAAGAGCUGUCAACAGAUUGGCUUUCUCACCAAGAAGGUUGGUUUGUUUGAUGAGUUCUUCCUUUAAGCUGUUGUUCAUUUCUGUAGUUGAUUUCUGUUAUGCGAAGUUCAAGUCUUAAUAACAAGGAACUGCCUUUUGUUUGUUUAGUCCUGAAUGGCUUGCUUCAGUAUCAGAUGACAUGUGGGUACAUGUGCAAGAUUGUCUUAAUGACACGGAAGUGUAAGUAAAGAGGACUUUUUAUUGACGUAGUAUUAUUUUUGGAAACAAAGAAGAUGCGAGUUUUCCAUUUGCUAGCACAAUGAAAAGCUCAAGAAACAUCUUUUUAACAUUCUUAAAUAAUGCUCUGUGAUUGGUGGAUACAUUUGAGUAUACUCAGAGUGAUUGGCUGAUGUAAUUGUCCAAUUGAAGAUAUCCUUUUAAAACGAACUCUCAGACUCUAACUAUUAUAAAGUUUAAAAAAAACUCUACAGAAUCAUGGGUGAAAACCAUGUUACUUCAUCCACCAAUCACAUUCAAGGAAAUUGAAAUGGUCAUAAUUGAAAUUAUUUCAAGAUGAAUGGGAAUCUGUUUGAUAUCUUCAUCAAAGCAACAUGUGAAACAGAGUUUGUUAUAUGGAUCUAUUCAAAGUAUAAGUGAAAUAUGGAGACCGUUUACAGUGAGCCUCUCAAGGCAUAUCUGUGAGGUGUGACUCAUGAAACUGCUUAUUCUGGGAGCAAAGAUGGGUCAGCAUCCAAAUUUUCUUGCCUCAAUGAGAGGUAUUGUUUUUGUGAUAGAAAUUGUAAAACUAGAGCCUGUGGAAUUGAGGUCAUCAAAGGAUUACUCUAUCUAAAUGUGCCAGACUUAGUAAGCAAGGCAAGGUAUUUCUAACUCCCUCCCCGUUCCUCAGUCUCAGAAGUGAUGAACAUACGGAGGUUGUGCGGGGCCUGGCUUGGAGUCCAGUGGACGACACCCUAUAUACCAGCGGUUGGGGCCAGCAGAUAUUCAGUCAUGCGUUUGACUGUGGGGAGCCUUCAGACCUUAAUGUGGAAGCCAGCAUAUCUCAAGCUACUUCUGUGUGUAUGGAUAUGGAUUCUGUCAAUCAAACGCACUUUAAUGGAGAUCUCAAUGGAAUGUCUCUGGAUGACGAGAAUGGUGAAGAAACGAUGGAAGUUGAAGGGCACGGAGCCACACAAAAGACUGUGUCUUCUAACGUAGGAACGGAUAGCUCGGUUGGGACUGUUAGCUAGCACCCUGUUAACUGUAAAUAGAGAUAUAACUUAACAAUUUUGUUUGUGAAACAAAGGUGUAUACCUCUCAAACCGUAAGAUAGGAGCCUUGUUUUGGAGUUAUUUCACUUUUGACAGCAACAGGUCAUUAGAGGAAUUUGCAAUCUUAAUUUUGAGGGUGAAGUAAUUUUACUGAAAGAUUCAAGAUUAUUGAGUGUUGGCUUAGUAGGUACUAUAACAGUAUUGUUUCCAGUGUGGUGUUUAUAUCGUUAAUGGCCUGUGUGGCAUGUGUUUGGAUAACCUUGCACGGGAAGAAAAGAGUGUUGUCGAAGUAACCUCGUAGUAUUCACAGGGGUCAUUAAGAAUAAGUUCAAUGACAAAGGAAGUUGAUGGGACGUAAAUUAGAUACGUUCAAACAAGGUGUUUUUUAAAAAAGCCGGUUAGACCGCCGCCUAUGAGACCUCUUACAGCCGUCUGUUCAGCACGGCCUCGGACUUCCUGAGGAGAAGGGGUCUUACCAGCACAGCCACCUAUCAUUGACAGGCGCGCACGGAACAAGUUAUUGAAACCCCUGCGUGUGAACUUCCUCAAGUGCGAAAGAAGUGAAUUACCAAGCCAUGGUUGGUUUUAGUUUUGUCAUCUAAUUGGUUUAAAGGAUGA